AUGAAUCGUACGUUCACGGGAGAAUAUUGUGAUUUGAAACUGCCAACUCGUUAUGAAUUACAUUGGUUAAUUUCAUAUAUAUCAUUGGCAUUGGUUGGAUUGUUCUAUGGCCUACUUGGUAAACUUGGUUUUCUUUUACGAGUAGAAAAGGAUCUGAACUAUCAUUCUGUUAUAGGUUAUCGUUGGUGGCGUUUGACAAUAUUCAUCACAUCCUUUAGUCUCGGUUCACUUCUGCUCUAUAUUAUUUUAUCAACACAGCCAACAAUGAAUGAAUCUCAACUCAUUGGUGUUUCUUGUUCAAUUGCUUUACUAUUUGGUUUAAUCAAUGUCUUACUACAAUAUGUUGGUUUGUUCGUCAACGGUUUUUGUUUCGGUUUAAUUCUCUCUAUCAUUUCGUUCGUUAUUUGGGAUAUUAAACAACGCGCUGAUGGCAUGAGCACAUCAUUUUGGUUAAUCAUUGCUCUUAUUUUAAUUGUUGGCUUAUUAUGUGCGAUCUUAACAUUACGUUUCCAGAAAUUUAUGUUAAUUAUAACAUCGUCGUGUCUAGCUGGAGUCUGUCAAGUAUUAGUGUUAGAUUAUUUCCUUCAAUUAUCUCUUCUAUUACGCUUUGUUCAUAAACGUCUGCUUUUCGAAUCAACAGUAACAUUAUGUAUUCGGCAUUGGAUUAUUGUAUUUAUCUUACCGAUCGUCAUGUUAUUUAGUAUUGUCAUACAAUAUGCAUGGACAGGAAGAAAUUACGAUCAUCGAGAUUCAUGGCAUAGAGUGAUUAGUGCCGGACACAAACGGUAUAAGACAGCCAAUUUAAAAAAGAUUCGUCGACAUUAUGAACAAGAUUCUCUUCGACAACAGAUUAUUCCGGAUGAAAGUAAUCGUUUCCGAUACUUUUAUCAAUUACGACGAGCCAAUGGUGAUGCACUUUCAUCGGAUUUCAUACAAAAUGUCCGACAACAAAGUUCAACGAUCAUUCGUAUGACGGCUAAUGAAAACAAUGAGAGCAAUACUUCAAAUACAAAUGCAAGUGUAUCAACGAAAAAAGACACUGACAGUACAACAACGACAUUAACACACUUAAUCUGA